AUGGGCGGAGCCCUUGAUAACCAUUUGUUUGAUCUCGCCAAUCAAACAUGUUUUUUUUGCUGGCUCCAGUUGGUUAAAUCCGAGCUCACAGUGCCUUUUAACAUUGGAUUGGUCUUGUACUCGGGAGUUCGUCUGCUAUCACAGAUGAAAGGACCUCCUCGGUGGAGUAUCGAAGCCGUAGGCAUUAGUACGGCAAGAAGACUAUCGCAGAUCGAACCAAAAUGCAGCGAUCUGAGAACAAUCAAACUCACGAGCUUCUCAAGUACGUCUGCCUUUCUCGAAAAUGCCAAGCAGUUAGGGCUAUCUUUGGGCGAUUUUGUAGACGAUGAUUCGGAAUCGCCCUUUUGUUCUCGGUACCAGCCCAUUUCCUACCAUACUUUGGCUGCAGAUCUCCAGCCCAUCCCAGAACAACUGAAGUUUCCCCAUCAUCCCUAUCUUGACAUUGUACCAUUUCCCUCCUUUCGUGCCAAAGCAUUGACAGCAAUCUCAUCCGGGACCCCGGCGUUCAGCGAGGAUGAGCUGUGUUUUGAUCUGGCGCAUGAUAGCAUGCGGUGUUGGGGCUCAACGGCGACGUCUUUACAUGGCCGUGGAAAUGGGACCCCUUGGGAUGCGCGCAGCUGGGAGGUCUCCCCCUGGUUCUUGAAGAAAUGGGGUUUCCUGGUUGGCAAUGAGGAUGACGCUAUAUAUCAAAACAGUCUCUGGUGGUGGUCCCAGAGGUAG